AGGCCGCGCCCGGGACACGAGGCGCAGAGCCGGCGCCGCUACUGCCCGAGCACAUUAGCCGCCUCUCCGAGCCCUCUGCCCGCCACCCCGCGCCCGGCCCGACAUGAAGACCCCCGGCGAGGUGCUGCGCGAGGGCGAGCUGGAGAAGCGCAGCGACAGCCUCUUCCAGCUGUGGAAGAAGAAGCGCGGCGUGCUCACCCCCGACCGCCUGAGCCUCUUCCCCGCUGGCCCCGGCGCGCGCCCCAAGGAGCUGCGCUUCCACUCCAUCCUCAAGGUGGACUGCGUGGAGCGGACCGGCAAGUAUGUCUACUUCACCAUCGUCACCACUGACCGCAAGGAGAUAGACUUCCGCUGCGCGGGCGAGAGCUGCUGGAACGCGGCCAUCACGUUGGCGCUCAUCGACUUCCAGAACCGCCGCGCCCUGCAGGACUUCCGCAGCCGCCAGGAGCGCGUCGCUCCCGCCCCGCAGCCCGAGUCCCGCGCCGCCUGCUUGCCCUGAGCCGUCACGAGCCACAUACUGGACGAGUCUGGCCCUCAUGGCUCCCACGGCCGCGCCGAGCAGGAACCCGGGGUCCCUGGACGGCGGGAGUAGGUGCGGGCCUCCCACCGCUGACCACGGCGAGGCUGCCGCCUGCCCAGCAAAGGACGAUCUUCCGUCUGGCCCCGCUGCGCGGGCGCGUUAAGUUAUUGGACUAUCUAUGUAUUUAUUUUGAUGGGUCUUUGUCUUUUGUCUUAAUAUUUUGUUUUUUGCACCAGUGUGUCCAUUCCAAAUAAAUUACUUGAUCA